CCGAAAAAAUAACGAUUCUGUUUUAAGUAAUAAUGGGAGGAGAACAAAAUUUACCUUCUUAUCUAAAAAAUAGUCCUUUAACAUUAUGUAAUAAACAUGAUACUUUACCUUUUAUUUUGCCAAAUAGAAUGAACAAAAAGGAUUGUUCUACUAAUGUUACUGUUGUUGAUGAUGAUGGAUUAAUUGUACAUUAUAAUGGAUUGGGGGCGAGAGAUGCUGACUCAGGUAUUGUAAGAUCGAAUUAUCCUAUUCCUGAUAAAGUUGGAAUAUUUUAUUUCGAAGUUGAAAUUAUUAGUAAAGGAAGAGAUGGAUUGAUCGGGGUCGGAUUUUGCGAAAAAGAAGUUCCAUUAGACCGAUUACCAGGAUGGGAAUCAAAAUCUUUUGGAUAUCAUGGAGAUGAUGGAAAUAAAUUUGAAUCUACCGGUACAGGAGCUCCAUAUGGUCCUCUGUUUACUACUGGUGAUACAAUUGGUUGUGCGAUUAAUUUUUUUAGUAAAAAAGCUUUUUAUACUAAAAAUGGAAAAAAUUUGGGUGUUGCUUUUCAAAAUCUACCAGGUAAUGAUUAUUAUCCCACAGUCGGAUUAAGAACUAGAGGUGAAAAAGUUAAAUUUAAUUUUGGACUAGAACCAUUUAAAUUUAAUAUUGAAGAUUAUGCUGAGACAAUAUUUGAAAUUGAAAAAAAUAAUCAUCAAAAUGAGAUUACCCAAUGGUAUGAUAAUUUAAUUAUAAAUCAACAACAGCAGCCAGAGGUAGAUAACAUCGAAUAGCUAAUUAAUGUAUAUCAGAUAUUUAUUUACAAUAAUCAUAUGUAGUAUAAAAACCAAGCAUUAGUAUUAAACCCUGCAUGCAAAAUAUGUCUGGCAUUAAUACUCACAUUGUAAUAUAAAUAGCAGAUUCCACAUAAAAUUAAAAAGAUGAUCUGCCUGUUUAAGUUGUACUGCUCGACUGCAAGUAUUAGUGUGAUGUAAUUAUCCUAAAUAAAUUUAACCAAUUAUUGAAAUAGCAAAUAUUAAUAAACAUUUUUUUUUUCUCUCAAUAUAACUGCUUAUUUACAAUUCAUAAAUGAAAGUAGAUUUUUUUCUUUUAAUAUUUAU